AUGGAGAUUGGAGAAUAUAUUGCGAAAGAUCAUUGCAAGACAUCGCUUGAGUGCACCAGUCAGCCUUUGAAAAUAAAAAUGAAAUUAUUCAUUGCUUUGUCUGCCUUCGUGGUGUUGGCUGCUGCCACCCCAGCGGCCAGCGUGGCUUCAAGAGCAGAUCUGAAAGAGAUAAUCGAGUCUAUUUAUCAUCCCAGUACCGAUCCUGCAACUGCCCAAUUGCUGUUGGACAUGCUUUUGGAACAGCUUGGAUACACGAAACCUGACAUCGGCCCCGCAAUCAUCGAUUUUGACGUCCCUGAGACCGCACCUGCCUCUCCCAUCUCCCCAGCUUCCCCAAUCUCCCCAGCCUCCCCAAUCUCUCCAGCCUCCCCAAUCUCUCCACUGGUUCAGAUCGUUGUGAACGUUCAGAAAGACUCUGUAGUACCUGCUGACGCUUCUGGGCCUGCUUUUAUUCACAAACCCCUCCCUGGUGCGGAAGACCAUUGCAAGACAUCGCUUGAGUGCACCAGUCUUCCUUUGAUAAUAAAAAUGAAAUUAUUCAUUGCUUUGUCUGCCUUCGUGGUGUUGGCUGCUGCCACCCCAGCGCCCAGCGUGGCUUCAAGAGCAGAUCUGAAAGAGAUAAUCGAGUCUAUUUAUCAUCCCAGUACCGAUCCUGCAACUGCCCAAUUGCUGUUGGACAUGCUUUUGGAACAACUUGGAUACACGAAACCUGACAUCGGCCCCGCAUUCAUCGAUUUUGACGUCCCUGAGACCGCACCUGCCUCCCCCAUCUCCCCAGCUUCCCCAAUCUCCCCACCCUCCCCAAUCUCUCCAGCCUCUCCAAUCUCUCCACUGGUUCAGAUCGUUGUGAAUGUUCAGAAAGACUCUAUAGUACCUGCUGACGCUUCUGGGCCUGCUUUUAUUCACAAACCCCUCCCUGGUGGUUUGAUUCACCCCCGAGUAUAA